AUGAGUGGAAAGAGAACUCGUAAUGAUGCCAUGUCAGGGCGAAAGAAGAAGUCCGGAUCGACUGCUCCUCACGAGAUCAUAGUACAACGGCUAGCGUCCGAGCCAGAUACUAAGCAGACAUUUAGACCUGUGAAACCUAGGGAAUUUGUCAACUUUGAGUACGAAGAACUUUCAUUGGUAAACUUAAAAAAAGCGUGCGCAGCCCACUUCAACUUGCCAGCGAGCACGUGCGAUAUUUUGGUUUCAAACAAAGGACCUUCAUGUACAAACAUUGGACAGAUUCCACAUCGGAAGGAUAAAGUAAAAUGAAAAUUUUGUCAGCCUUAACAUUUCAAAUUUAAUGGCCUAAAUUCAAUAGUUUUCAUAUGUAAAAUAGGUUUGUACCCACAUAGGGCCAUCCCAGUUAAAAUUAACCCCCCCCUUAACCAGGUUACUGGGUUUAGACCCCUUUGGACACGGUUUUCCGGAACGCCCCUAAGCUUCCCCCAAGAUAUUUAUCAGGUAAAAUUUUAGCACCCUUCGAAGUGCUUCAUAUAAACAAUUUUCAGACUGAUUUAGUUGGUCAGUUUUCACCAAGAUCUCAGGGGGGCAUAAGAGCUACAAAUGUCAUCAUCUUCAUUCUUGUAUGGAUUUAUAGUACAUGUAUAUUAUAUAUAUGAUAUUAUUGUGGAAAGAAGUAUUAGAGUACUAUCAUCACAUUUUCUAAACAGGUUUACCUGGUAAGAUUUGUGGUGAUGCAGGAUGACCAGCCAUUGUCUGAAGACGGAGUUGAAGUUUAUUAUGAGGACAGCAUAUCAACUUCACACCCCAAUAGAAAUUAUCCAGCUUCAGUAUCAAUAGAUGCUUUACUAAAAGCUGGUAAAGUAGCAAAACCACAACCAAAAAACAAAGUAACCAUUACUUUUGAAGCAUUCGACAUUGAAUCUAGAGAGUGGACGGAAGUCAUGGAGGAAGAACUUCUGGUCGACACCAAGAAAUUUGCUUCUGGUGGCUUCAGAGAUGCUUUCCAUGCAACUGGAAAGAAAAGUGCUAAAAACCACCAACCAACAGAAUGGGUUGUGAAAACCUAUAAUGCAAGGGCUAAAAGCACAAUUGAAGGGAUUGCAAGCACAUCAGUUGAAAACCACUGUCGCAAACAGGUGCAAAUGCAUGCUGUGGCACGACACUUCACAAAGAAAUUUGAUUCGAAAGCCCCAUCCAGUUUUG